CCGGCCCUGGCUCCCGCCCCGCGCGGUGGCCACCCCCGCCGCCUUGCCCUCCCCUUGGGCGUUGGGGGGGUCGCGCAGGACAGGACAUGGGUGACCGGAAGUGGGCGCUGUGAGCAUCGCCGUUUCGGGCGCCGAGGCCCGAGGCGCCGUCGGGUCCACCGCGACGCACGCAUGGAGAGCACCAGGUCCCGGGCUGCGCGCCGACGGCCAGCCGGGACGCACGGGCUCUGCAGAACCGACUGGCCUCCUAGGGUACGGGAACAUGAGGGUUGGCCAGGAGCCCGCUGCAGGCAAGGCGCGCGGCGCUCCGGCCUACCCUGCUAGCGACUGAACGGCGCAGAGCCCGGAUACUCGCUCGUCGCUGUCGCUGGUGGCGGCAUGGUCUUCUGUCUGAAGAACAAGGAGGCGCGCCGCCUGUCGCGAAGCGCCAUGGUCCACUUCCAGGCCUCGGAAGUGCAACAGCUACUACACAACAAGUUCGUGGUCAUCUUGGGGGACUCCAUCCAGCGGGCUGUGUACAAGGACCUGGUGCUUCUGCUGCAGAAAGACUCACUGCUCACAGCUGCCCAGCUGAAAGCCAAGGGGGAGCUGAGCUUUGAACAGGACCAGCUGGUCGCUGGGGGCCAGCUAGGCGAGCUGCACAACGGGACGCAGUACCGCGAGGUCCGCCAGUUCUGCUCGGGUUCUGGCCACCACCUUGUGCGCUUCUACUUCCUCACUCGCGUUUACUCCGAGUACCUCGAGGACGUCUUGGAGGAGCUGACCUACGGGCCUGCUCCGGACCUGGUCAUCAUCAACUCCUGCCUCUGGGAUCUCUCCAGAUAUGGCCGCUGCUCCAUGGAGAGCUACCGGGAAAACCUGGAGCGAGUAUUUGUGCGCAUGGACCAGGUGUUGCCUGACUCCUGCCUGCUGGUGUGGAACAUGGCAAUGCCCCUGGGGGAGCGUGUCACUGGGGGUUUCCUCCUGCCAGAGCUCCAGCCCCUGGCUGGCUCUCUGCGGCGGGACGUGGUUGAAGGGAACUUCUACAGCGCGACACUGGCUGGAGACCACUGUUUCGACGUCCUAGACCUCCACUUUCAUUUCCGGCAUGCCGUACGACACCGUCAUCGAGAUGGUGUCCACUGGGACCAGCAUGCACACCGCCACCUCUCACACCUGCUUCUGACCCAUGUGGCUGAUGCCUGGGGCGUGGAGCUGCCCAAGCGUGACAGUCCCCCCGACCCGUGGAUUGAGGACUGGCCAGAGACGGAUCAUCCGUUCCAGGGGAGCCAUAAGCAGCCCCCAGGCUUCGGGGAGCAGCUGGCCUUGCCCCUACCCCUGCCCUCUCCUUUACCUCCUCCCUUACCUUUCCCCUACUCCCUCCCUCAGCCCUUGCUGCCUCCUGUGUUCCCACCCCUGCCCCAGGAUGUCCCCCUUUUCCCCGGCCAGACCUUCCCACCCCAUGAAUUCUUCAAUUUUAAACCAAUGGAGGACUUCUCGAUGGCACCCCACUUAGGAUGUUGCCCUGGAGUGAACUUUGUGCCUGGCCUCCUGCCAUCGCAAGUCCCUGGCCCCCGUGGUCGGCAGCGGGGCCCAGUGGUCCACCGCGGGAUGCCACGCUGUGCUUCCAGCAGCCCCUACCAGGUGCCGAGGAUGGGGGUGCCUUGCAGGCCGCGGCUCAGACACUCAGACAAACUGAUCCAAGCACACAAAUUGGACAGACGGCCUGCUGCCCAUUCUGGGACCUGGCCUGGGUAGCCUGGAUCUUGGGCAGGAUGUGCUGAUGGCCCUGCAGGGCCUGCCUGGCACCCCAGGUGCUGGGCUGGGGUAUCUGCUAUGCCUGGCAUUGUUCUUGCCCAUUGCUGUCACCAAUAAAGGCAUGAAUGAA